UUCUCUCUCUUCUUAACUAAAGUCUUGUUUGAAAAUCCCCAAAAGGUAAUCCUUUUAUAGCCUUUCGGUGAUUGGUUCCAACUGCUUUCACUCUCUCUACUCUAUUUUUCUCCCCUUUCAUAACCAUCUAGCUCAAUGCUAAUCCUCCUAGCCCCCCAUAACUUUUUCACACACCAAACUCCAAAUAAAGCUGCAGUUUCUGACUUCUCAACCCCAUAAUUCCCAACACAAACUCACCUUCUCUCUCUCUCUCUCUCACUCUUCACUUCCUUUGACUCAAACUAUCCAUUCCCAUUUCAAAACAGCAUGGCAAUAGAAUUAUGCUCAGAAAUAUCCAUCACCCCAGGAAUCAGCCCUCGAAUCUCAUUCUCACACGAUCUAAAAUCCUCAACCGGUUCAAUCCCGGUCGAAGAUCCCCACAUUCAUUCCGAUUUACGUCUCCUAGACUCCACCGCCUCCGAUUUCGUAUUCACCAUCACAAAUACUUUAUCCCAACAACUCUCUUCAGCCGACGAACUCUUCUCAAACGGAAAAAUCAUCCCAUUGGAGAUAAAAAACAUUAUCUCCAACGAAAGUAUCCCUCCGCUAAAAAAGAGUCCGUCAUCUGAUAAAUUCUCUGAGCCUAUUCUGAAAACUCAUCAGAAGAGGCUCAAAGAAUUCCUAUCAGAUGAAACAGACACCGAAGACGAGAAACCAACCUCAACAUCAACCUCAUCCAAACAUUUCUGGCAAUUCAAAAGAAGUAGCAGUUUAAACAUCGACACAUCUCGACGAAGUACCUUGAUACGAUCCCUUCAAUUCUUGUCAAGGAGCAAUUCAACGGGUUCAGCGCCGAAUCCAAAGCAAACACAGAAGCAGAAUUUGCAGAAACAAUCCUCUGUUUCAAGUAGUAGAAGAUCUUCGUCUUCGUCUUCAACUUCAAGUACAUAUUAUUUCUAUAGUUCAUCGUCAUUGAAGAAAUGUUCUAGUAAUGGUGUUAGAAUUAGUCCUGUUUUGAAUCUACCGCAAAGUUAUAUUCCUAAAGCUACUGCAAGUUUUUUUGGAUUUGGUUCAUUGUUUUGUAAAGGGAAAAGUAAGAGAAAAAAGAAAUAGAAGAGGUAAUUGAAAUUGAUUUUUUUUUUUAU